UAAUAGUUAUGUCAUGCGUGGCCGAGAAGAGAAGUGAACUGAAGGGUGGGUGGUGUGAUUGAGUAUGAGCAUGAAUUCUCUCCUAGCAAGCACGCGUGCUUCUUCUUCUCCAUUAUACCAACACUCUUCCACCUUGACACUCAGACAACCCCAUUUUCUUUUCAUCUCCUCCAAUUCCAAGUCGUCUGCAUUUCCAUUGGUUGCAUAUUGUUCCUCUGCCCCUUCACCCAAUGAAUCAGACCAAACCAUUCUUCUAAACGGAACCUUUCAUUCUCAAGUCACAACCCCCAAAAUCCCUCCCUUUGUAUCUCCUGUCCCCAAGCUUAGCUUCAGCGACCAAGCUUUCUUUCUCCUCGCUUUCAUCGCCUCCACGACGUCAGUGGCAUUCACUAGCCUUGUUUUUGCUGCUGUUCCCACCCUAUUUGCAAUGAGAAAUGCUGCAUUAUCCCUUUCAAAGCUGGCAGAUACAGCUCGUGAGGAGCUCCCUAGUACCAUGGCUGCUAUUAGGCUUUCGGGGAUGGAGAUAAGUGAUCUAACACUAGAACUAAGUGAUCUAAGCCAGGAAAUAGCAGAUGGAGUCAACAAGUCAGCUCAAGCUUUGCAAGCUGCAGAAGCUGGAAUCCGACAGAUUGGUUCAGUGGCACAACAACAAACCGUAUCUAUGAUUCAAGAGAGGGCAAGUUUACCCGUAAUUUCUUUGCAACCUGCUGUUGCUGGAGCUGCUAGAAAGACUUCUAGAGCAGUUGGCCGAGCCACAAAGAGCUUGUUGAACAUCAUUUCAGGAAGGCAAGACGCAACAGCAGAAUAUGAUGAUGACGUAACUUACAUGUGAGAGAUCAGUUAAAAUGGUUCUACUGCGUGAAUAUUCAUUCUCUUUGCUCAAUGCUCACGACCCAAAUCUAGUGUAGGAGGAGGAUACUGUAAAUUAUGAAAGGAUUUGAAUAUCUUGUGUCGUAAUGUAUAAGCUUGACCUUUUUACGCACGACUCACAAAUAAAGGUGCGGUUAUAAUUGCAGCACUCAGUUGGCAUUUACAAACACAUGCCAUAUUCAUUGCCCUGCUGAGAACCAAAGUGCGUGCGUUGCAAAUGAUUCUGUAGCAGUAGUACAGAGCCGCCAAGUUUAUUUUUUUGAAGCA